UGGGCAGUGAUUGGCUGAGGGGCAAAGAGGAGGGAGGAGCCUUUGUGGGACUCUGGAAGUCUAUUCAGAUUGUAGAAUCCUGAGGUAGGAGGGAAUUUUGCAUGUGGGUGGUGAUUGGCUGAGGCUUCUGGGAGAUGAAGUCCAAAACACCUGGAGGGUGGAGCUUGAAGACCCCUGCGCCAGUGACUGACAUGUGUGACUCCUCAGCAACACACACUCCUGAGUUUUUUUAAAAAAUUCAAACAUUCACCCACUCAAAAUGGCUGCCCAGAAAUUGCUCUUCUUCUUCUUCUUCUUCUCCCUGGCAGGGACUCUGACUGAUGGAAGAGAAAGGGGAAAAAAGGUCAUCAAGGGUCAGUCACUCAAAUCCCCACAAAGUCCUGGAGAGGAUUAAUGGAGAGACAAAUAAAGGGGGAAACUGCUUAACCUGAAAAAGCACCAAACUGGUCCAAUAUAUAAACGCCUAUUUUGGGUAGGCUCUUCAGGUUAUGGUGACAUUAUUAAAAGGAGGCAGACUUUAUGGGGUGACCCUUGGGACCCAUAACAGAAAGAAACCUUGACAGAAUUUAGAGCUGUGGGGGUGGAAGUCCUGCUGUUUCCCUCUUCAAGUCUUUCCAAUGAAGCUCCGGGCGGAAAUGCAAAUUAAGUCCGUUAUAAUUGGCUGGCCUUCACUUUGUCCACGCCCACUUUAAUCGUUCCAAACAAAGGAGGAAGAGCAACAGCAGAUUGUAAAAUCUCUCAAGGGAGCUGCCUAGCAGCUGGCGUCACAGGGAGACUUCUUUUUUCCUAUUGGCUAAGGGACUCCAGCCGGGCCAAUCAGAGCUCUUCCUCGUCUUCCGCCUCCUUCGCAAACACAGGCCAGGGCUGCCUCCGGGGAUGGAUCCCUGCUGGCUCUGGGGGGCCACGGUGGUCCUCCUCCUGGGAAGAAGCCUCUGCUCCGGUGGGUCUCUAAAGGACUGAGGCUUAUAGCGCUGCUGUUCCUUACUUUAACUGCUCUGGCUGCCUCCCGUUGCAUUCUGGGACUUUGUAGUCCAAAGAGGCCUAAGAGUUCCCUGGCUGAGAAUUCUAGAGGCCCCUCUUUAAACUGCAACUCCCACAAUGCAACAGGAAGCCAUCCAGAGCAGUUAAAGUGGAAGAGGGAAGCUGCACAGGGAUCUAGUGGCAAAGGAUGGGGUUUUAAUGCUGCGCAGUUCUUCCCCCCGGACGCAUUAUCUGCACUAUUUUUUCACGGGCAUCUCUGAGCCUGAACGGGGGCUGCCCCACUUCACCAUCGUGGGCUACUUGGAUGACCAGCAGUUCGUCCGCUAUGACAGCGAGACCCGGAGGGAUCUGCCUCGGGCCUCUUGGAUCCGGAAGGUGGAAGGGGAUGAUGCCCAGUACUGGGACUGGCAGACCCAGCUCUCGCGGAGCUGGGAGCUCUACUUCCGCGUCAGUCUCUGGAGUCGCUUCAACCACAGCCGGGGGCUUCACACCUGGCAGUGGAUGCAUGGCUGUGAGCUGAGAGAAGAUGGGCAGAAAGGAGGACUCUCCCAGUUUGGCUACGAUGGUAAAGACUUCCUCAGCCUAGACAAGCAGACUCUCACCUGGACGGCAGCUGAUUCCAAAGCCCAGGUGACCAAGCGGAAGUGGGAGGCUGACCGCGUCUGGACCCAGGGCCGGGCAACCUUCCUGGAAGAAGACUGCAUUGAGUGGCUGCAGAAGUACCUCCAUUAUGGGAAAGAGAUGCUGCUGAGGAAAGAAACCCCGGUGGUGAAGGUCACACGCAAGGCAGGAUACGGAGGCCGAGAGACUCUUAUCUGCCGGGUCCAUGGCUUCUACCCCAGGGAGAUUGAUGUCACCUGGAAGAUGGAUGGGGAGGUGAUGGAACAGGAAACCUUCCGUGGAGCCACUGUUCCCAAUGCUGAUGGUACCUACCACACCUGGCUCAGCAUUGAGAUAGACACCAAGGAUCGGGGCCGGUACUGGUGCCAUGUGGAACAUGAUAGCCUGCCAGGACCUCUGGACUUGUCCUGGGAGGAGUCUGGUUCCAUGUGGCUUCUCCUGGGUGGAGUCUUGGGGGCCGUGUCUGCUGCCAUCCUUCUUGUAGUUGGCCUCAUCCUCUGCAUCAAAAAGCGGCACAAGGGCUAUAGAGCAACACCAACCUCAUAGGUCUUGAUGUCCAUGAAGGAGAAAAAGAGGGAAUCCACCUGGGACUCAUCUGUGCUGCUCCACAGUUCCUGUCAGCUUUUAAAUGUUACAGUUAUUACUGUCCAAAUUUGACAGGGACAGUCCUGAUGGCUCCUCCGCCAUCCCACUUUCUCAGCUGCCUUUAAAAUUCCCCAGUUUCUCUCUCGUCCUCCCAUCUUACCUCUUUGUCUUCAGCUACAAAAUGAGUUCAGAGUGUAAAAGUAGUUUGUACUCAGUUAACAAUGGCUGUAGUAGAGGAGAUGGGUGGGUGGAAUUUUGCCAUUCCCAACUAAAAACAAACAGCUGCAGCAUCUGCUACCUUGCGUGUUCCUCCUUAUUAAUAUUAUUAUCGCCAUUUUGUCCACAGUAAGAGCUGUUGGAUAGUGGAAUACACUCCCUCACAGUGUAGUGAAGUCUCCUUCUUUGGAGGUCUUUAAACAGAGGCUGGAUGGCCAUCUGUGGGGUAUGCUUUGAUUGAGAGUUCCUGCAUGGCAGAAUGGGGUUGGACUGGAUGGUCCUUGGGGUCUCUUCCAACUCCAUGAUUCUAUGAUCUGUGAAAUAAUCAUGGGUAUGUUACUUCAUAAGUCUGGAUCUGACCCAGCACCAGUUCCCAGUCUCUGACUGGAAGAGGAUCUUUCAGAACAAUGGAAAAUGGCUUUCUGAAGGAUUUGGGCCUGAAACUGCUUUUCCGCCGAUUUUUAAAAAAUGUCUUCCCAGCUCACAAAUGAACCAUAUAUUUUCAGUGAAGUAUAGAACUUUUAAAAGGGAUCUCUCUUUUAUGAUUUGUGCUCAGGUACGCCUGUGUUUCGUAGCCACUGUGAAUGUACUUUUUUCCCUUUGUGGGAAUACUUUAUCUUAUCUCGGGGUUUAGCUGUAUUCUUUUUUUAUUCUUUUUAACUUAAAUGAAUGUAUUUCUUCCUGCAUCAGGAUAGUUUUAACUGUUGCUUUUUAAGUGAUUUUAACUGUUGUUAUGUUUAAUAUAUUUUUACCUUGUCUAAACAAUUCAGGUAUUUAAUCUAACACUCCAAAAUCCAAAAUUGUCCACAUGGAUGACUGAGAUAGUGACACUUUUGUUUUCUGAUGGUUUGGUGUAUACAAACUUUGUUUCAUUCACAAAAGUAUUAAAAUAUUAUCUAUAAAAUUACUUUCAUGCUAUGUAUAUCAGGUGUGUAUGUAUGUGUUGUGUACCUUCAAGUUGCUUCCAGCUUAUGGCAACCCUAAGGUGACCCUAUCAUCACUGGUUUUUUCCUUCACAGGUUUCUUCUGAGGGGGGUUGCCAUUGCCUUCCUCUGAGGCUGAGAGACUGUGACUUGCCCAAGAUCACUCAAUGGAUUUUUAUGGCUGAGCAGGGAUUCAAACCUGCUCUCCAGAGUCAUAGUCCAACACUCAAACCACUGCACCAAGCUAGCUCCCAUAUAGCUUAGCAGGGUCAUCACUGUUUACUGUUUGGAUGGGAGACUACCAACAAGUACCAGGUGAUCUAGGCUCUAUACCAGAGGAAGGCAAUGGCAAACCAACUCUGAGGAUUCAUUGCCUAAGAAAACCAUGAGAAAUUCAUGAGGCCACAUCCCCAGCUCCCUAACCAUGUCCUAUGAGGAAAGACCUAGGGAGCUAGGGAUGUUUAGCCUGGAGAAGAGAAGGUUAAGAGGUGAUAUGAUAGCCCUGCUUCAAUAUUUAAAGGGUGUCAUAGUGAGGAUGGAGCAAACUCUGUAAUUUUUGCUACUUUUAUUUGGUGUAUGCUAUGUAGAGGUAUUUUGAUGAGAGGUGAAAUAUUUAAAUAAAGUUACUAGGAGCCUG